AUGGGCAAACAGCGAGCAGUGGAGCAGCGACUGGCCGAAUCUGGAUGGAUGUGGAUGGAUAUUUGGUAUUCGGCAACUGAUUCAAUCCAACUCACAAUCUCAAUGCAGGUAGCCCGUGCUCACCAAGGAUGGCUGAGAGCAAUUAAUGGAGUCAUCACAAUCCAAUGGGGUCAUCACAGUGAUGAUGGGCCCUGCCUCAGCCAUUAUGAGCCGCCUCACAGGAAUAAUCCAGGGGUUGGCACAUUUGUCAACCAGCUCCUCACCCCACCACCGCCGCCAACCAUCCAACCACCGUCGCCAGUUACCCCAACACCACCACCAGCCAUGCAACCACUGCCGCCAGCCAUCCAACCACCGCCGCCAUCGCCCCACUAUCGCCGCCAGCCAUCCAACCACUGCCACCAACCAUCCAACCACCGCCGCCAGUCACCCUACUAUCGCUGCCAGCCAUCCAACCACCGCCGCCAGCCAUCCAACCACUGCCGCCAGUCGCCCGACUAUCGCCACCAGCCAUCCAACCACCGCUGCCAGCCAUCCAACCACCGCCGCCAGCCAUCCAACCAGCGCCGCCAGCCAUCCAAUCAACACCGCCAGUCACUCCACCACCGCUGCCAGCCAUCCAACCACCGCCACCAGUCACCCCACCACAGCCGCCAUCCAAUUAUACAAACUUCUACAAGGAACUGGCUGAUCCCUAGAGUUCCCACGCCUCCCACGCCUCUCGAGAACUGGGAGCUAACAAACUCGGAGGAGAAUCUUAGAAAUUGGGGAUUGCUCAAUUCUAGUCAAAACCAGACCCCAACGCCAGCUUCCCCUUCACAUGAAUUGGAGUCUCUAGCCCGUAUUGAGCUGUGGGAGAAUGAGGAGGAGAUAGUUGAUCCUCAGGUUUACAAUGCAGUUGAACCUGAGGAUGAUCUACCUCCUCCUUACAACCCUGAGUGGGGAGCUGCCUUCAGACAACAGCAAGCAGGCAGUCCUCCACCUGCUGAGGAAAUUUUAGAUUACGAGUUGGAUGAAGAGGAUCGGUUGGAUGAAGCAGCUGGGACAAGUGUGGAAACUCCUUGUCCACCACCAGAAGAGAUCUCUUAA